AUGUCCAAAGCCAAAAUUGCACUCAUGAACAACUUGCGCAAGUUAGAAAUUAGCACAUCCCAGGUUUAUGCUUUGCUAGCAAGUCAAAGUGGCGGUUUUGACAAGUUGAACUAUGGUCCUAGAGACAUAUACAAUCAAAUUGAUAAAGUGAGGCGUGAGAUUCCAGAGGAUGUGGGUAGAGCAUUAAAUUUUUUGGAGGAAAUGGCUGCAAAAGAUAAAUCUUUAUACUAUCAAGAGCUUCAGGCGACAGAUGGAAGAUUACUAAAUCUCUUUUGGUGUGAUGGUUUAUGUAGAGAGGACUAUGAAUUGUUUGGAGAUGUUGUUGCAUUUGAUGCUACAUACAACAAGAAUAAAUAUAAGUGUCCUUUUGUUGUGUUCACAGGUGUCAACCAUCACAACCAAACUGUUGUCUUUGCUGCAUGCUUUGUAACAGAUGAGACUUAUGAGACUUACAUAUUGGUUACUCGCUGUGGUUACUCACUGUGGUUACUCGCCACCUACUUCUCCCAUGUGGUGUGA